CUCUCUUCAAAACCGCUGUCGGCUGUGGGGGGAAGUUGUGUGACACUCUUGUCUUCGCGUACGCUCCACAGAUCGGUCGCUGUUGGUGUGAAAACAUCCAGAGACGAUGUGCAGGUUCAUUAAGAGAGUCGGCUGUGCAGCUCACACUUGUGGAAUAUUCCUGGAUUACAGCAGAAAGACUUCUUUACUCAUCUGGGACUAGACUCCAGUGUUUGUGUUGUGUGUGUGUGUGUUUGUGACCGUCUCCUCUGUGAACAGCCUGCAGGUUUUUGGUCCUUUAACACACUUUUUUUUUCUUUUCUUUUUUUGCUGAGAUGAAUUUCUACAUCGUGAUUGAAUUAGUAAUUGCUGUUCUCUCCAUAUCCGGCAACAUACUGGUUUGCUGGGCUGUCGCGAUCAACACCACUUUGAAGAACGCCACCAACUAUUUUCUGGUGUCUCUGGCUGUGGCUGACAUUCUGGUCGGUUGCCUCGCCAUCCCCUUUGCCAUAACCAUCAGCCUCGGCCUACGAUUGGACUUCUAUGGAUGCCUCUUUCUGGCAUGUUUUGUCUUGGUACUGACACAAAGCUCCAUCUUCAGUCUCCUUGCGAUUGCAAUUGAUAGAUAUCUGGCCGUCAAAAUCCCCCUGAGGUACAAGGAGUUGAUGACGGGAAAGACCGCCAGAGAGAUCAUCGCUAUUUUAUGGAUCCUCUCCUUCGUCAUUGGCCUCAUCCCUUUCUUUGGCUGGAACUUGAAGUACAAAAACUGCAAGAGCAAUGGCACUGCAGCGGACAACACUACAAACUCUACAAACUCCACGGGCGGUUUCGGGGGCUUGAUACGGAGCUGCAAGCUCGCGUGUUUGUUUGAGGGUGUGGUGGACAUGCACUACAUGGUCUACUUUAAUUUCUUUGUCUGCGUGCUGCCGCCGUUGCUCAUCAUGCUGUGCAUCUACCUGAAGAUCUUCACCGUAGCCAGGAAGCAGCUGAGACAGAUCGAGCUGAAGUGCGUGGGCAACGGGGACAACCAUCACCACGGGCUGCUGCAGAAGGAGAUCCGGGCCGCCAAAUCCCUCUCCAUCAUCGUGGGACUGUUCGCCGUCUGCUGGCUGCCCGUCCACAUCCUCAACUGCCUCACGUUGUUUUACGAAAAGCUGCACAAGCCAGACAUUUUAUUGUACGUGGCCAUCAUUUUGUCUCACGCCAACUCUGCGGUCAACCCCAUCAUCUACGCUUACCGCAUCCAGGACUUCAGGAACACCUUCCGCAAGAUCCUGGCUCAACACUUCAUGUGCCGCAGGGAGGAGCUGUACCGCAGCUCCAACGGCAGCAAACGCAACAGAGACCAGAUCCACAUGACCAUCGACCCUCUGCUAUAGAGAGAGUUGUGACAGAGGAGGAUUAUCUGCGUCGACUUUGUUGUUUCGCUCUUGAAUUUUCUUUUCACUGAGGUUUAUAAUGUUUACAGAACAAGGGUGUGAUAUGCAAACAUGAGAAGAUGUCAGACGCGCCUCGAAUGUGACAUUUAUUUAUGAAUCGUGUCGUAUUAUCAGGGGUCAAAGAGGUGAAACGUUAAACGGCGAGUCUUAUGUAACUUUUGUAUUGUGAAGGAUUUUUUUUAUUUUAUUUUAUGUUAAAACGUGAAGCUUACUGGAUUUGUAGGACUGUGAACAGGAUCCAAACUUUACUACAUUCUGGUAUUUAUCAUACUGAAUCCACCGUUACAGCUCCAGACGCUCCUUUUUACGCCCUGCUUUUAUAUCGUCGACAUUCAGUGCCAGUGUUUAUUAAUUUAUUUAUUACAAAAUCUUUUGAGAAUGUAAAGAUCAAAAAAAAAAAAAACUUUUUGUGUGGUUAGAUCUGUAUUCGUGGACCUAGAAAAGGUACAGUAGUAGUAGUCUGUGGUUAUUUUUUUUGGCUUGUGACCCUUUAAAAUGAGUUCAAUAUACACGGAAGAAGAAGAAGUGAAGGUUUUCUUCAUGAAUACCUUUUGAAAUAUUCUUCAGCUGCUGCUUCGUCUAAGUGCCAGGUGUUCCUGUCGCUGUGCUAAUGAAUCCUCUACAGUAAAUGUGUGAGCAGGCUGAGUUAGUAAUGACAGAGGCGUUCGUAUAUAUAUAUAUAUUAGGAAACAUAAACAAGAAAGUAAAAAUGCUUUUCCAGUCCCAUGAAACAUCUCACAGCCUUAUCGGUCACCAAACUAUCUCGUGCCCCCUGUGGCUGAGAGGAAGGUUUCUGUAGCUCGUAGAUGAACAGCAUGUUAUUCAGCCACGUACAUCCUGACGUAAGUAGUUCAUUAAGCUCACCUGUGUUGGUGCUCCAUAUCAAAUCCAUAUUAAUAUGAUACAAGCUCAGGAAGUGGGUGCAUUUUAUAGAAAUGUAACAUCUGCACAGCUGCUUUGUUCUGAACCAAGCCUGUGUCAAAUUUGAUACUUUAAAUCAAAACAGUUCACAUUAUCCCUCAUUACCCAAGCCACCAGUUGUCACAUUUGAUAUAAAAGCAUCAGUGCUUUGAUGCAGUUGCGUGUAUCUGAACGUCAUUUGCCUCAGGAGUCCUGCUGACAAGCCGUCACCCCUCGGACGCGGUCUCAGCUGGACUCCCCGAGGCUCUCCUCUCCCCCUGUCAGCGCAGUCAGUCCUCCACCAGCUGCUGAAGUCCUCGACUGAACUGAGACGUUUCACUUCAAGGUGAAACCGCUAAAAUUAUUAUUUUCAUCCAAGAGGCUUCUUUAGUUCUCCAUGAAGCCUCUUGGAUGCGAGGUCAAACAUCUUCAAGUCCAGUAGCCCCAGAUUUAACCCUUCUUGAAGAAAGACGACCUGGACGACUGAGAAAACUUCACAGACUCCCUAAAGUAUGUUAAUCAAAGAGCUAAUGAGUCAACACUCCUCACUAAGGAGGAUGUGGAAGAGAGAAGGAGGUAACUAAUUAAAAGUUCUCUCCUCCUUCGUUGCACUACGAUGCGUCUGCAGCACUUCUUUCCACCGAGCACCUGAAGCUUUGCCUCUGUUCUGCAGGGUCAGCGUCGUCGUGCGCGCUUCUGUCGAGCCCAUAAAAAACCGAAGAGAUCGGAGCGAGAGCUGACGAGUCUUUGUGAAUUUCAUCAGAGCAAAGCAGCGCUUUGUUUCAAGUGUUGUAAUUUAUGUGAAAAAGGGGUGAACUUGGUCACCUGAGAGCCAUCACUACACAAGAAAAACACAUUGCACUGACUUUUAGAUUAUCUCCAAGUUGGUGAGCUUCAUGUUGGUGUUGAACCACGUCGUGUUGGUGUUUUUUUUAAACAACUGUUCUUAAGUUGAACACUCAUUGCUUCAACUUCCCCUCGUUGUGUCCGGUGUGCCACCUCUGACUGAACUUCAAGGGCUAAAAUACAGGAGUGUGCCAAAGCUUUAGUACAUUCCAUUGGAGACAUCUAUACUGUAACUGCACUGUAACGUUGUAUUAUUGUCUUUGUCGCGUAAAAAAAAAUAAGUACUGUAGGUGUCCGCCUUUCUACAAGCUAUUGAUGAUUGAUGUCAAACUGUUGCCUUCUUUUAUGAUUUUAAGACGGACGACGACGAGUUGAUCUGAUUCAACAUUCCUGCCUUUCAUUCCGACGUACCGAUCUGUCAGUGUGCUGUAGUGUUGUUACUAAUCAGGACAAACAUCCACUGUGGUCAAACCUUUCUUUCUCUCAUUCAUUCAACAAAACAACAACAACAACUGCGAUACUGCUAUUUAACAUGAUGCAAUCUGUAUGUAUGGUGAAUUAUUUUGUUAAUAAAGGCAAUGUUUAUAUUGUU